AUGAGCUUUACAAAUCCCAAAUCCUUUAUCGGGAACAAGGUGACAAUAAAUGAAUUCAAAGUCUUCUUGUCAGUGCUAAUAAGAAAUUUCAAGUUUAGAGAGAUCGGAGGGUUUAAGACCAGGAAAAUUCAGAACAUAGCAUUAAGGGCGUUUCCAAAUAUCGAAUUAUGGGUGUCAAAGGUGAAAUGA